AUGUCCAAGCCCCAUUCAUCGCUUUUCGACGCCCUCCAGGCCGAAUUCUCUCCUCCCCUGGACAGUUCCCUUAUCGCUGCCAUAAUUGCAGACUACGAUAUUUCUUCCGCAGAUGAUCAGAUUCAGCCCCUCCGAGACGUGCUCUCCCAACUGGCUGCUCAGGCGGAGAAGGAGCUCGUCGACGAAGACAUCCUAUCUGAGCAGUUCUCCAAUGUCCAAAUCUCAUCCUACUCGAUCACCGACGACACUACCAGUUCGCAUGAUUUUUUCUCUCCCAACUCUAGCAAUACCGCCUCGAGCUCCACUUCCGAUUCUUCAAGUCAACACUCGUUCAGCUCGCCCCUGGGCUUCCUGCAAGCAGCCUUCCCUCAUGUACCGGCCAACAAACUCCGGAGUGCACUCAGUAAUGCGGACGACACCGAGUCUCUCGACAUGGAGUCCGUGGUGGAAGGGCUACUCUCAAGCGAAUACGUUCGAGAGCUUGAGGAACGCGGAUUAGAUGGAUUGGACCCCGAGGAGAUGGACGAGGAAGACUGGAUGAUAGUAGAAGGUAAACGCAGGAAGCCAAGUACACCGCCAUCCAAGCCUCCAAAGAAGAGCAAGAAACGUGGAACCACUUUCACCCUAGUAGACAUUCGUCAGAAGCAGCAUGAACGGCCUCCCCCAGCCUCCCCUCGCGCUGCCCCUCCGGAUCCUUGGACGCAGUUGUCGUCCGUGGCCUCGUAUCUCUCCACAUUAUUACCGUCUCACUCCGCCGCGUAUUUCCAGUCCGCAUUCCACUCGCCGGAAUACUCCUCGCCGGCUAAGGCUCUCCGCGCAGUGCUCAGCAACAUUGCGUCGUCUCCUUCAUCGUCAUCCUCGGACUCGGAUCCGAACCUGCAUUCCGAACAUAGUACCAUGCUAUUCGCCAUGUUCGACGUCCUCCGCGCUUCCCCAGAGUACGCCGAACUGAACGCGGAGGAACGCGAUCAAGUCAUGGAAGACGGGCAGCUCACCCUAAAGGCGACGCACGGGCAACCAGACCGCGCCAUAGACCUCGUAUGGCUCCUACAAGAGCUCGAACGCGACUCCAUCUCAGGCGAGUACGACUGGGGCGUGUACCACUCACCUGCGCCUGCCCGUCCCCCGCCCGCCCCGAACGUAGCCAAUCCCGCCCGGAGCAAGCUCCCCACGGGUCCUCCCGCUGUGGGCCCUCCACCGCGCGGCCGUGCUACAUCGCCCGUCAGCCCCCGCCAGACGCGCAACUCGACGCCAUCGCCGAACGCAUGGAAGACCAUCCCGCAGCGGCCGCCUGCGGGCCCACACCCACUUGCGGCGGUGAUCCCCGCGUACCGCAAGAAGGUGCGCGGGAGCGGGAACGGGCUCGGGAAGGGCGGGAAGGGCGACGUCGGCGAGCUCUCCACGAAGCUGAGCCACACUCGUCGGAUGCACGAGCUGAUGGUGCAGAGGCAGGACAUGCUCCGGCAGGCGGGGCGCGCGUGGCAGAAGGGGAAUGCGAAGACGCACGGAGGCGAGGUCGCAUUUUACUACGCGGAGAGGGCGCGGGACCUGCAGCAGCAGGCGAGACGGGAGAAGCUGAACGUGGCGAAGGAGAUGGUGCAGGCAAAGCGGAUGUCGUCUACGUACGGAGACGCCGUGGACCUACACGGCACCACCGUCGCGGAGGCCGUCGCGAUUGUGAAAGACGUCCUGCGUGAAUCGGGGUCAACCCAGGUGAAGCCACUGAGGAUCAUCACUGGGCGAGGGACGCAUUCCACGAACGGUGUCGGCGUCCUGGGCCCAGCCGUCAAGAGCGCAUUGGAAGAGGACGGCUGGAUGGUCCGCAGAUGGGACGGCGGCCUGGUCGUCUGCGGUAGGAACGCAUGGCGGUCCUGA